AUACGGCACCAAACAUCUAAACACGCUUGUAAUGCGUAUCUGCACAAUUAGAAAUAAUUCAACUCACCAAUUGCGUUUAAAUUCACAAAUCGACAGCUUUUGUUUUUAAUACUGAGAUUAUAGACACAGAAGAGUUAUUAUUAUUAGGCUAUGCUUCUUUUAGGACAUGCUGAAUUUGAACAAGUGUAAACGCGGCCCGGGAAUGACAGCAGACUCAGCCAUCGUCACCAUUUUUGGAGCAAAGUCCAGCAACGCGAUAAAAGCCAAGCGUCGCUGACAUUGCCCGCACACCGAAACACCCAACGGAUUGACCAGAAUGGACACAACGUCGUCGUUUAUAAAGUCAGUAACCAAGCGAGUGUGGUCUCCACCACAGCGACCGUUCAGGGUUUGCAGUCACAACAGGGAGAUCAAGAAAGGCAUCACGGCCGGGACUCUGGAAGAGCUAAAAGAGAGAGUAUGCCAGGCGUUGCUCCUCUCACUUGUGUCUCUAGUUUGUGAGGACGAUGGAACGGAGGUAGACUCCGAUGAGUUCCUCGUGACUCUGCCAGACAACUACAUGAUCAUGGCCCUGGAGCCUGGACAUAUAUGGCGACCCCAAACGGGUGCAAUUGUUGCCAGGUCUCAAGACAAGAUCAAGCCCAAGUCAGGAAAAGACAUCGCGAGUGUCACCUUUGACCUUUACAAGUUGAACCCACGGGAUUUGUUUGGUUCCCUAAGCGUGAAGGCCACCUUUCAAGGUCUGUACUCAGUGAGCGCCGACUUCCAGUGUCUGGGGCCCAAGAAAGUCAUUAGAGAAGCCCUCCGUGUGGCCUCCAGCCUCCUCAAUGCCGCAGGACACCUGCUCAUCGCCUCCGCCUCCAUGAUCCGCCGCAUCAUCGAGGGCGUGGAGCUUUGGCAGCAGCCGCACAAGGCAGACUACACAACAUCCUGGAAGUGACAAGCUAUCAUUUAUUUUAAUUAUGCAAAGAAAAGAUACAUUUUUCAGGGCAUUUUGUAAAUUUUUGUGUGUAAUGUUAAAACAAUGAAAUGAUUUUGACAGUGAUCAAUGAUAAUGUUAUCUUCAUGGCACUGCCCCUUCGGUGUGGGCUAAAAAAGCUAACAUUUACCCUGUACAUUAUCCAACAUUGUUUUUCAUGUGGGGAAGAAAAAGUCUGAACACUCAUGAAGGUGGGUGUUGCCUUCCGGUAAGAGUGGGUCUUUGGUACAGUGCCUGAUACAUAUACUUUAGUAUACUAUGUGUCUAUGGUGAUUGUCAUUCAUCCAGCUCAUUGAAUCUCAGGGCAUUCAAUCGGUCGCAACCGGACUGUUGGGUUUGUCUUAGAAGACGUUUCGCCUCUCAUCCAAGUAGGGUUCAUCAGUGUACUAUGGCUUAUUUGUUUCACCGAUGCUUAAACAAGUUACAAUAAGGAACAUCACAUACAUUUGUACGACUCAAAGUCUGAAAAGGAGUAUAAAGAAGCAGUUUAUUUCAUCCUACACCUUCUCCAUAUCUAUUGCUGAUAACUGAUUUAAAACCUUAUGUUUUACAAUUGUUUGUCCAUUCCUGUGUGAAAAGGAAGGACAGUUGAAGUGAUAAAACAUCAAUAAGCAAUUAAGCGUUGAACAAAUGUGUUAAGGGAAAAUAAAAAAAGAUACACAUGUAUAUACUGAACUAAAAUAUAAACGUAA